UACGGGACGGAUCGCAACGUGACGACCCGGCGGUGAAAAGCCACUUCCCUAUUCACGUGUCGGUCCGCGGAAAGUGAGCUUCGCGCGUGGAUGCUCGUUGUCGGAAAUGCCGAGAGUGUUUCGCGCGUUUGAGUCGACGGAACUUCGUCGAAAGUGAACAUCUCGCGGGAGCGAGAGAGCGCCGAAUAAAGCUCCGCGCGCGUUCGUCGCGUCGUGUUACUCAGUGCCGCCUGCCGACCAGCAACACCUUCGCAUGCUAACGAUCGGGAGUCGGGAGUGCAGGACAAAGAGUCGCAUCCUCGGUGCUCAGACCGCUGCGUUCUGUGCUGUCGAUCCGCCGGAUGAAAUAUCGUGAGGCAUCGCGAGUGAGGCAGCGGAGCGAGCGAGCGAGCGAGCGUGCUCCGUUCGUCGGGACGAGGCGUAGAUUGCAGGAAGGCCUGCAUCAGCAUUAAAGCGCAUUACUACAACGUCCUCGGCGCGCGUUGUCCUAAUUCGGUCGUCGUUACGAGGAGGGCCGUCGUCUGCAGGACGCGCAAUUGCAUAACGGACCAGCGCGCACCGGUUGAUUACACGAACGGCCACUCGUAGCCGCCGCCGAUGUUUCUGGAGCAGAGAAGUUCUUCGCGCUGACGUCCCGAUGCGCUCCUCUUGACCUCGAGGAGGACCGGCGAGGAGGACCAGGACGAGUGGUGAACCCCCGAGAUGACGUGACGCGCCGGACGAGCGGAAUGCCGGCGCGCUGACGCGGACCGCUCCUCUUCUUCGGCGGAUCUCGUUGACGAGAUGCGACCCGGACAUCGGGACGCCGUCCGGACGGAUUCGAACGGUUAGCGCCCGAUCAGGUUCUGACGAUCGUCGCGAUCACGGCCGACUCGUCUCUCUCACCGUGCCUCUCACUCGGUGCUCACGUCGGGGACGUGCUUGAAAGUGACGAGCGCAGUAGUCAGCGGCGGCGAUCACGUCGCGUUUACCGGGUGAACAGCGCGGGGACAGCAGCGAUGGUACACAGUUGCUCGUCGAGGUGCGCCAAGCGCGCCUUCGUCUUCCUGUUUGCCUGGGGCCUGCUGAUGAUCGCGGCGGUGCAGUUUCGCCACCUGGAGAACAGGGCGCUGCGCGACGGUGCGCCAACAGCCGAGGAGAGCGUCGGCAACCUGGCGGAGGUCGGCGAUGGCAGUAGUACCGGCAACGAGCGCGGUACGCGCCGCUCCUCGAGCCUGAGCCUGUCCCGCUAUCUGCUGCAAAGAACACUCGGCGAAUCCGGUGGUCCCGCCAAUUCCGCGGGCAACGGCGCUCUCUUGACCACCCUGACCACGAUCAGGAACCGUCUGGAGGCGACCAAGAGUCCGCUCGAGCUCGAGCCGCUGUUGGACAAAAGACCAGCCAAGACUGAGCAGCAGUUGAUCGAAGAGAUCGCCGAGAGGAUACCCAGCCUGCCAUUGAGCGACUGGACCAGGAAUAAUAGACUGAACCAGAAGAAAGGCAACGACAGCUGCUCGCGGUACCCGCAGAUCUACGAUCUCGAGUUCAAUAAUAUCUACUGGCAGACGCUGCGCACCAGCAACGGCACGUUCCAGUUCUUCGGGGCGUUCUAUGACAAUCGGCGGCUGUCGAAGAUCGGGCCAGCGGUGAGAAUCGUCGGGAUGAUCGAUCGAAUCGAGCCAACUGUGAAGACGUACUGUCAAUUGUGGUACGAAGGAGAGCGAGAGCCCAGGAUCGUCGAGACACUCGAGUACAAGUACAUCUGGUACGCCAAGUGGGGUAACUACAAGCAGGGUAUCUAUCAACCGUACGUGAUAGCGUGCAAGGUGCCACCUCACCUGUCGAGCAAGCCGCCCUCGUCCGUCUCGAUGGUCGAGAAGCGUUGCGACACGGCUAGUAAUAAUCUGCGGGUGAUCUACAACAGGCCCGAGCGAAAGAAGGGCUUUGCGGUGUGCGUGAAAGGUCUGGACUUUCUGCACGAGGACCUGUCGGUCCGGCUGGUCGAGUGGAUCGAGCUGAUCAGCCUGUUGGGUGCCGACAAGAUCUACUUCUACGAGCUGCAGGUGCACCCGAACGUGACCAAGGUGCUGCAGCAUUAUCAGCGCUUGGGUAUGGUACACGUGACCCCGUUGACCUUGCCAGGCGGCCAGCCGAACGUGCCGGCCUUCCAGCACAUGUACCUCACGAAGAAGACCAACCACAAGCGGCAGAACGAGCUGAUACCGUACAAUGACUGUCUGUACAAGCACAUGUACGAGUACGAGUACAUCGCGCUGUUGGACGUCGACGAGGUGAUCAUGCCGGUGAACGACGCGACUUGGCAGGGUCUGAUGCGCCGAGUGCUGCCGAAGGCACUGAAAAUACGGAACGAGACUCGCGCCUCGUACAACGUCAGGAACGUCUACUUCCUCGACGACCUACUGCACUCUCAUGGUUACUUCAAGGACAUACCCAAGUACAUGCACAUGCUGCAGCACGUGUAUCGUUCGAAGAACUUCACGAAGCCGAACCAGUACAUCAAGUGCUUCCACAAUCCGGAGCGGGUGGUUACCCUGCACAAUCACUUCCCGUUGGCAUGUUUGGGCGCCGGUUGCACCAGCUACCCCAUCGAGACGGAGGACGCGCAGCUGCAGCAUUACCGUGCCGAUUGCGUCAAGUCGCUGAAGAAGACGUGCGAGCAGUACCGGGGGAACAGCGUGGUGGACACGACGAUAUGGCGCUACAAGGACAAACUAAUCGAUAGGGUCACCAAUGCGUUGAAGACACUCGGCUUCUUCGGCCCGAGAUAGCGACGAAGUUAAUCCCUCCUCCACCACCUCCUUGUUCGUUUUAGCCGAUCGAUUCUCAAGCAGUUUGGACCCACGAGCUCACGAGACUCCAUCAGCGGCGGGUGAUUGCUUGAGAUAUUCGAUCGGAGAUUUAAUCGGGGAGACACACUCGAGGCAUAUAGGUACAAAUGGUAAACGGGAUCCCAACGACGAAGCGUUGGAUAUUGCGAUCUUGAUCGUUGAGAGUACGAGAAGAGGCGUCGCCUUACAGUCGAUGUUAACGAGAUGCGCGGUAAGAUGGUAGAUGUCGGAUCGCUCGCGCGAUUAAUAAAAUCGGCGAAUUACUGGCUUAAUGAGCGCGGAUAAAAUAACAGGAAGAAACACCGCGAAGGUCAUCCCGCCGCUUGUUCCUGUCUUUUUUUGUGUCAGCGCGCUCGACUCCGUCGUGACUAUCGAGCAACUUUUGGCGGAUGGAAGCCGAGGCGAUAAAAGAAGCAAGAAUGAAGAUAAAAGCAAAAACACGUUAACGAGAAUACACUUGAAAUUGCGGCUCACUGAACUUCCACAAGUUCUCGAGUUCUCACUCGAGUCUCUCUUCGUAUUACGUGAAUGCGCGGCGUAGCUCCCGCUCUGAAGUUAAUAAGCUUCCUGGACAAAGAAGAAGAGCUAAUCGAGCGGCUAUCUACAUCCCGGCGGAUUGCAGCCGAAUAAAGUCGCGAGCGAUUUACGUUUUGCGCGGGAAACCAUUACGGCCGAUUUAUGCGGCACCGAUUAACACGGUAGUUUUCGCGCAACCGUUAACCCGCGAAACGGCAAUUAUCUCUAGGCCAGACGUAAUUGCAGUUCGAUUUAUAUCGACAACGAGUCACAAAUUUUCGCCGAUACGCACAACAAGCUAAUCGCGCCGUAGCCGGAUUAUGGUCCGCGGGGAAGAGCCUGCAGUAUUUUGUUUUUUUCCUCCUGUAAAUAAUUUUUCCCGAGUCUUGUGUGUAUGCUCAAUAUAAAUAGGAUUUACGAGUCAGCGAUUGAUCAAUAGAGCCAUCGCCCAUAGCUGUGACACGGCGAGCAAGUGACAACGGAUCGCGGUAAACGUAUUGCGGUUGCCUGAUGGAUGACGAAGCUUGAUAAAAAACCGAGGUGACGGUUGAAUUUUUCUUUCUUUUAAACGAAGGUUACGAAGAAAUUUUAUCAAAACUCGCAGGAAACAAAUGCGAGGACGAAAGAAUUUUGCAUUUAGUUACGUUGAGACACGAAAAUAUAUUUAUGUGUAUACGAUAAAAAGAUAUAUAUAAAACUGCGCCUUUUUCACGUGACUGUCGGAGAAUAUUUGGUUGAAAAUGAUUGUUGAGAGAAGCGUUGCCAUACCGUUCCGACGACUGAAGCGCUGUGUGUUUAGGAUACAAAUACCGUUAUUAAUUAAGACUACUCUUAAUGAAAACUCCGCGCGGUCGCAAGGCGGUCUGCAUCAGUGGUAGAUUUUUAGAACGGAAACCGGAACUGUCCAAAUUAUCUGUCUGAGCGUUAUCGUUGCGCGAUAAGCGAGAAAAGUUAGAAUCGUACGAAAGUAGUAAGUUUUACAACUGCUAUUAUCAAUUAUGUACACAUUUUGUUUCACACAUUUCACAUUACUUGAAAUGUAUUUCUUUUAUAGUUUUUAACUUCUUUUUACAGCUUUACAGCUUUUUACAGCUUUAAGGACACAAUAAUGUUUUCUAAAUCUUAUUAUAUUCUGACGUACCCCCCUCCUCGCGCAACAUGUCAUUUUCAUUGACUAAUUAUUUUGAUAUAUUGUCGUUGUUCGUUUAUUUUCCUUUCUGUUUCGUCAAGUUUGAUGAGCCGUCUUGCGACUUUGGAGAACUUCCUCUCCUUAUGGUGAACCUCGAUCGCUUUCUGCACGACGAUGAUCGACUGCUUUUUAAGACUCGAUUAGAGCGUCGUUUUUAAAAGUGAGAAGGCGAUUCACGUUACACCAUGAGGCAUGCAUUGAUAUAUAACGGGGACCAUUAUAAGAUAAGAGUUGAUUAUCAACGUUGCGUAACGUUGUUGAUUUGAAGUGAGAAGAUAAAAUCACUGCGCCCCUUGGAUGCGGAGGCGCGUGGGUUAUCUUUCAAACGGAAACACCGGCGGACAGAUAAAAUGGCGCCUUUGUUUUUAGUUGAUGUAUAUUCAGAUAUUUAGCGUUAAAUGUGAUCCUUACUCGUGCCUUUCGCUACUAUUUAUACAGUAUGGAUUUUUUCAAAUUUGGCAAGCAAGACAAAGAAAAUUCGACUGAAUAUCUUGCGUGAGCCAAUAUUCGUGCGUUGUUUCACAAGACGAAACGCGUUUUCAGUCAAUAUAACGAUCUUCUGGUAACAAACGGGAGAGCGUGAAAGCGUUUCGUUUCUUUGUACAUAUCAUUAAACUUCUACCUAACUAUUAUCUUUAAACUCUGUUUCAAAGAUAAUAAACGACUACACCAGAAAAAGGUUAUAAA